AUGCGCAGGUGGCAGAGACCAUCGCUACAUCCAAGCACAUUCGCUGGUGCUCUUCUUCUGUUUGUACUUUUUCACAUUCUGCGCUCUGUAUUUUUCUUUCCCGUGCUUUUUCCAAGUGUUAGUUCUGCGGUUAAUUCGCCUGCUCCUGCCAUUGCUUUCGUAAUUUCCACUGAUCCAAAAAAGACACUGCUCUGCGAAAGAACUUGGUUAAAGCGCUUGUCGAGCUAUAUAACUUUCACAUCGCGUAGGAGUAGCGCUCGUCAACCUCGUCAGGUAUAUCUACCUCAUAGAUCAGGGUCGCUCUGGUCUUCAUUCAGUUCAAAGGCUUUAUUCGCCGAAUUUUAUGUUCCUCACCAUUAUUCUUGGUACAUUAUGACAUCUGAUGACUCUUAUGUGCUCGUGGACGAUCUAAUGCAGGAACUAGCUGCAUUUGACUCGGACGAACCUUACCUUGCCGUAAUUGGACCAAGUGACAUGCAAAAGACGUUUUCACUUAUCCAGACAUCUAAACAAUUACACUCGCUAAUUGUGACAUCAAGAGGAGCCAUGAUAACCCUGUGGGAUAACCUUCACAGUAGACGAAACGGAUGUGGAGUUACGAGCUCACCAGAACUAUGUCUUGAUGAUAUCGUGCAACUGAAUCUCAGAGAAGACGCUCAUGGGAAGUUCAGGUUUUUUGUACUGCAAAGGCACUUCUCGAAGUUUGAAAUGAGUCAAUACACCUAUCUUAAUGGACACUAUAACGACGGACUGCAGGUUGAUUUAAGAAGCUGCUUUUAA